UGAGGCUUCGGUCUUCCCAUCUCUCCUCCCUUCUCUUGCCGGAUUCCCUCCUCUCUCUCUCUCUCUCUCUCUCUCUCCCUCUCCCUCUCUCCCUCUCUCUCUCUCGCUCUCUUUCUGUAUCUUUCUGGCACUCGCAUCUGCCACUGCUGCCUCGUGAGUGGGCUCAGGGAUGCUGCUGUAUGCUAACCCAGUAUGGGCCAUUGCUGCUGUAGGCUCCAUUUCCUCCCUCUGUGCUUUCUGGACCAAACGAGUGAGAGUGCCGUUGUGAAGGAGAGGGAACUGUCCCUGGAGCUCGCCAGAAUCAGGGAUGAAGUGGCUUUCAGUGUUGCACACUGGGAGCAACUGCAGCAGGAGAAGGAGAAACUGGAGCGUCGCUUUAAAGCUGAGCUGCAGGGAUUGCGGGCUCAGCAGCAGAGGGAGCUGGGAGUGCUGGAGGAGCGGCUGAAGGUGCAGCACAUGGCCGAGGCCAAGACCCUGCAGGCCCAACAGCGAGCCGAGCUGGACGAGCUACGGGCCAAGCAGCAAGAGCAGAUUGAGGAUAUGAGUGAGAACCACGAGGCUUCCUUGAUGGAGCAGGAGACGGCUCACAAUGACACACUGGCCACUCUGCAGGAGGAGCAUGCCAGGACUGUGAAGAAUCUGAAGAUGGCCCACGAACAGCAGACCAAGUCUCUAGAAGAAGGUUUUCAGAAGACCAGACUGUCACUGCAGGAUCAGGUGGACACGCUGACGUUUCAGAAUCGUAGCCUCAGAGAUCGAGCCAAGCGCUUUGAAGAAGCUCUGCGCAAGAGCACAGAUGAGCAGAUUGUGGAUGCGUUGGCACCAUAUAAACACAUUGAUGAGGACCUGAAGAGUCUGAAAGAAGUUCUGGAGAUGAAGAAUCAACAAAUUCAUCAACAGGAACUGAAGAUCUCAGAACUGGAGAAAAUACAGGCUGAAAAGAAUGUGUACCUGGAGGAGAGACUACAAGUGUUACAGCAGCAGAACGAGGACCUGAAGGAGAGAAUAGACAAGAACCUUGUUGUGUCCAGGCAACUCUCUGAGGAUAAUGCCAACCUGCAAGUGAACGUGGAGAAGGAGAGCAACGAGAAGAAGCGGCUGAGUCGCAAUAACGAGGAACUGCUGUGGCGUCUUCAGACAGGCGAGCUGAGCCCUCGCAUGUCCCCCAGCGCCUCCCCCAUCCAUCGACCCUUCUCUGGACCAGGCUCACCAGCUCGCCCACACUCCUACCAUCAAUGACACUUUCAAGGGAAGCUCUUGUAUCAAACGCUUUCUUUUAUCUGGCAUUUUUAAAGAACUCUUUGUUGAAUGUUCCUAGGAUUUGACACUAUGUAGUUGGACCAACACAUUUCUUUGCAGCCAUGUGGUGCAUUUCCAAAGUCAACCCCCAGGAAUUGUAAUCUCUGACCUAAAGAAUUGUAUUAAUGAUCACGCCCCUUAAUGUUCAAAAGGGAAUUCUCUGCCCUCGUCUUUCUCUAUUCCACCGUAACGCCCCACUAAACAGACGUGCUGUGAUACUGCAGGGGAUGAAAGACUUGAGAGAGAGCAGGAUCAGAGUCCCGGUGCCUCAUUUCCAUGUUUCAGCCUCCCAUCUACAUCACCGCCUUCUCAUCCAGCGCUCAGGAUAAUGGAUGUACGAGACAUUUUCAACAUCACAAGUGCAACAAUGAACACAAGAAGCGCCUUUGUCGUCCAUUCUCUCCCACCAGCAACUUUGAUCCAGGCACAGGCAAUAGUUUGAGUAAAAUCACUAAACUACCUAUAGUGCGGAUUCUUCUCUGGGGUAUGUUAACAUAAUUUUCAUGCUGAAGGAUUUCAUGUAUCAGGAGUGUAUGAAUGACCAUCCAUCUAACCUCAAUCAUCCAUCCUAGGUUCUCCUUAAACAACUAGAUAUCAGUGUUGACCUGAAAUGUAUGAUUACAACAACAUAACUACUAAUAAAUCCAUUGAACUGCCAACACAGUAUAACUAUAAUAUUUACAAUCAUUUUGUAAAAACAUAUACAUGUAUUGCUCUCUUUAAAGCAUGUUCUGUCUUCCAGUAAUGCAUUUUAUUUUAGGAUUGUCUUCAGUGUGACAAUAUGGAGCAGAGGGCUGAGGGGCAACACAAAUGACGUCUUAUUCUUAAUAAAACUAACCAGGAUUUAUUCAAAAGAAAACAAGAAGUAAUUCAUUGUAUUCUACAUUGCAGACUCAUCUCGCGAUUUCCAAAAAAAAAUGCAGGAUCUGUAGAAACCACCAAA